GGCCUCAGCGCGAGGGCCGCAGGGUGGGUGCGGGGCGUGUGCGGCGCGCGGCGUCGGCCGGGGCCGUUAACGGUUGCUGGCGGCGAGCGCAGCGCGGCAGGGCCGGGCCGGGCCGGGCCGGGCCCUGCCCUGCUCUGCUGGCGCGUCCUGCCUCGGCCUCUCGGCGCUAGCUGUGGGGCUGCGGGGGGAUGUGGCAGAUUCUCCCGGGCGCUUUUUUGCUUACAGACAGCACAAGAACUGUUCACGGCAGAUGGGAAACUUCAUGCGUAAUCAGUCACCGCUGAAACAGUGAGCCAAUUGGAUGAGGAAGUCUGAUUUAAUCAAGACUUCUUCCUUCCUUUUUGUAAAACACAGAAUGCGCCUCUUACAAGAAAAUACAGACAUAUUUUUCUGCAUUUUGAAAAUGAAAAGCAAGCCUUCCAUGAACCUACACAGACUAUAAAUGCACCACAACUAGAAUCUCUUCCAAAGUUCCCAGUUUUUGUGAAAGAAACUAUAGACGACCUGAAAUUUGUUCACAGAGAUCAAUGAUGAUAGCUUUGCAAUGGACCAGGACCCACACGACACAGCCGAAAGAGAGCUGUUGGAGGCUGUAAACAGGAUUACUCCAUUCUCUGCCACAACUCCAUCUGAUGAAGAACAAAAUGAACCCAAAGCUGAAAUUUCAUGUCAAGUGAGCAAAGAAAACCCAGGAAAAGAUGACCUUCAAGAUUCCAAUGCAUCGCUAAGUUCCAAUUCUUCAAUGACCACUAAGGAGCUUCAGGAAUACUGGAGGAAUGAAAAACGCCAGUGCAGACAAGUCAAACUCCUUUUUGAAAUCCCAUCAACCAGAAUUGUAGAGCACCACUUAUCUAAAUAUGUGAUGUAUAAAAUCAUCAUUCUGCAAACCGGAAGUUUUGACUGCAACAAAUCUGUAAUUGAACGACGCUAUUCAGAUUUUGAGAAACUGCACAGAAAUCUUCUGGAGGACUUCAGUGAAGAAAUGGAAGAUGUGACCUUCCCCAAAAAAACUCUGACCGGGAACUUCACAGAAGAAAUAAUCAAUGAGAGGAAAUUAGCCUUUAAGGACUAUCUGAGACUUCUAUAUUCUAUGAAAUGUAUCCGAAGAUCAAAAAAAUUUAUUGACUUUUUAACAAGGCCAGAGCUGGAGGAAGCAUAUGGUUGCCUGCGGGGUGGCCAGUACACCAAAGCUUUGGAAAUUCUGUUAGAAGUCAUCGGUCUGCAGGAAAGGCUAACAAGAGGCAACCCUGUUUCAAUCAUCCCGACUCUGUGUGCUAUCAUGGUGUGUCACAAGGACCUGGAGAACCCAGCAAGUGCCUUUGAAUAUGGAGAAAAGGCUCUGUUACGCCUUCAGGUACACACCAGUCACAGGUAUUAUAUUCCAUUGUUAGAAACAAUGAUCACUUUGGCAUAUGAACUUGGCAAGGAUUUUCUGUCUUUACAAGAGAAACUGGAAGAAUGGAAGGCAAAAAAACACCCAAUAAAGAUUUUUACUCUGAAAGAACUUGCGGUUCGGGAGUAUGUACAGUGAACACAAGAAAGGAUUUGGAUUUCAUUAAAGAAUAAAGCCACCAGCUCCUCGUCCUGAACACAAACUCCUGACAGAGUAGAAACUGGAAAUCACCUGUUUGGAUAACAUAACUUUAUACUUAGCAAAACUUAAAUAAAAUAUCUUUCAUGUUUAAAAGGGACACUAACAUUUAUGUUGGACAAUAUUAUAUUUACCCUAUAGAUACAAGUAACAACUAAGCUUAUCAAAACUUUUGGAAAGAAAUUUGUAACAAAAAAUUCUUAAUGAUUUGCUUAUUUUGACAAUAUUUUGAACAUAGUCCAUUUCACAUGUAUCAUCAGAACAGGAAAAUAUAAUGAAUAAAAUACUUGGGAAUCUGCAGAAUCAUAGGCAUUGCUUGCUCAUGUGGAAAUCACUUCCUUUCAGGAAGAGAAAUAUCUUUUCAGUCCCUGCAAUCUAAAGGAUGCAUUUUCAGAAACACAGUGUAAUUUUUACUCCUCCAGCUGAAGCAGUGUCAAGGAGCACUUUGCCAUUUCUGAGGAUGAGGGGAUUGCUCCUGUUCCCACUGAAGUCAACUGGUCUGAGGGGAGGGUUUGGAAGGAAGGUUUACAGUCAACUUUGGUAGAAGCAAAAAAUAAAGUGAUGAUGGUUCCAUUA